AUGUUCCUAGUAGACAAUGGACUCGUUGUUGGCAAUGCCAUCGACAGUGACCCAACAACAAUGACCAUUGCAAUAUGUCAAGCAUUGAACAUUCUGCGGAAGGAUGACUGGUCUACACGUCUGUCCAGCAUUACGUUUGUCAAAGGAAUGAGAGGUGUUGUGGAGAAUGAACAACAUCAAGAACGCGUUAGCGUCAAGAGUGGCUUGGUGGCAAAAUGUAGGCCAGCGUCAGUGAGGAAGUCAAUGCCCAAUGAUGUCAAGUUGAUACUCUUUGGCAUCGAUAUCAAUAAGCAACGAUCAUCACAGUCGUUACAAAUGGAGUUAAAGUUCGAGACUGUUGAUAAUCUGUUGUCAUGGGAGCAUGAGGAGGAACGAGCAAUCAAGAGAUGGGUUGACAGCUUGGUUCAGAAUGGAGUCAAUACUUUGAUCACAUCUGGCGAGGUGGACAACAUAGUGUUGCACUAUCUCAAUCUCGCCAAUAUGUUGGUAUUCAAACGAAUCAACAUUGUAUCACUUCAACAUGUAUCAAGGUUAUCCAAUGCACCCAUAAUACAUAGCGAACAAUACUCUAUCGAUGUGAGCAACACAAAGAAUGUUGGAACAUUAAUAUCAAUCUUACCAUUCAACGAUGGAUUGGAUUGGGAUGACAACCAAUCUUCACCUUUCUAUUAUCACUUCUUUGUUGACAACGUUGAUCAACGUAGAAGUAGUCUGGCCACUAUAGUCAUUAAUGAGAGUGACUUUGUAUUCCAAUCGAUGAGGAAACAAGGUCAGGAUAUACUAUAUGGUCUGGCACAGUUGUUGGACGAUGACACCAAUCAUUUCAUCAAGAUAGACAACAGUGGCGAGUUGGAAACAUUACUAUCCAAUCAUAUUCACAAGAAAGCACAACAAGAAUCCACUUCCAUUAUGUUUGCACUUGACAAGUAUGCUGAAGCAUUGUCCAGUGUACGCCCACCUCAGGUCAACAUCCUGAACCAUUCACUUCGUAAGAAUGUUUACAAGAGUGCAACUGACCUGGCAUGUAUACUCAUUCAAGUUCAAAACUUUAUCGAAUCGCAGACUACGCCACCAUCUAGAUCAUGA